AUGUCGUCAAAUCCGUGCGUGCUCUUUCUCAGUUUUGCUGAUUUCAAAUGUCGAGAUCUGAUAGAAGAAAUUCUCGAGAAAGAUAACUUCCAGAUCAAAACCGGCCUAGAACCUGUGAAAAGCAAAGAUAAUCAUUUCAUCACAUACCCAUGGUCCAUAGAUACAAAAUACUACACGGCCAACAUAGAUCUAUUAACCACUGUUAAAAAGAAAAUGGCCGAUACGAGCGUUUCAAAGCAAGAAGUGUUGAGAUGGUGCAUUGAUAAUGGCUUUGAACUGAUUGAGCUGGAUGAUGAUGAUGACGACGACGAUGAUGACGACGACGAUGAAACACAAGCCGGAGUUGUUGAUCCGGCAGGUUUCAGAAAUCCGGACAAGUUGAUGAGCGGGAAUCAUGCUCUCAGACAGGCCAGCAGCCUACCAUCAGACGAGCGGAAGAAGUACGCAGAAGAAAUGGCGAUGAGGUUCUGGCAGGCUAUUGGCGGAGAUAUGAGUGAAUUUGAUGACUGUGAUGUAGACAGUGAUGAAGACGAUUAA